UGUUUAGGUAGGUAGACAGAAGGCAGGAAAAAAUUGGGCACCCAACUGAUAUGCAUCAGUGGGAAAUAUAUGUACGUAGAGUAUGGUUCUCUAAUACUUAGCAUAAAUAUUUCAAAGAAUAAUCUAUCUUUGACUGGCCCAUGCUGUAGAUACCAUGUUUUUUCCAUCUGAAUGUAGCCGGUUGAAGGCGGUCUCUCCCCUUCAUUACAAUCGCUCUGAUCCCUCUUUUCCCUCGGUGUUCCAUUCCCAGCAGUAAGCUAGCUAGCAACCAUUCAGCUAAGGAUAGUUUGCUAGCCACUGUGCUGCUAGCUACACCCCUCUUCUUUUUCUGCAUGGUUUCACACAGCAAAUCGUAGCAUACGGAUUACGAAAGAAACAGAACAAGAACAUGGGGGCUUUUCUGGACAAGCCAAAGAUGGAGAAGCACAAUACGCACGGUGAGGGCAACGGCCUGCGCUACGCCCUGAGCAGCAUGCAGGGCUGGCGGGUGGAGAUGGAGGACGCGCACACGGCAGUGAUCGGCCUGCCCAACGGCUUGGCUCCCUGGUCCUUCUUCGCUGUGUACGACGGACACGCAGGCUCUCAGGUGGCGCGCUACUGCUGCGAACACCUGCUGGAUCACAUCACCAGACGAGGCAGUGGGGGAGAGGAGGGCUCAGAGUUCGCAGAGCCGUCGGUGGAGAGCGUCAAGAGGGGCAUCCGCACGGGCUUCCUGCAGAUCGACGAGCACAUGCGGGCGCUGUCGGAGCGCAAGCACGGUGCCGACCGCAGCGGCUCCACGGCCGUGGGCGUGAUGAUCUCGCCGCGCCACGUCUACUUCAUCAACUGCGGCGACUCGCGAGCCCUCCUGAGCCGCGGCGGCCGCGUGCACUUCUUCACGCAGGACCACAAGCCCAGCAACCCGGCGGAGAAGGAGCGCAUCCAGAACGCCGGCGGCUCCGUCAUGAUCCAGAGGGUCAACGGCUCGCUGGCCGUCUCGCGCGCCCUCGGCGACUUCGAUUACAAGUGCGUGCACGGCAAGGGCCCCACCGAGCAGUUGGUGUCACCUGAGCCCGAGGUGUACGAGAUCGAGCGUUCCGAUGCCGAGGACGAGUUUGUCGUGCUGGCCUGCGACGGCAUCUGGGACGUCAUGGCCAAUGAGGAAUUAUGCGACUUUGUGCGCUCCCGCCUUGAAGUGACCGAAGACCUGGAGAGUGUGUGCAACGAGAUUGUCGACACCUGUUUGUACAAGGGAAGCCGGGACAACAUGAGCGUGGUACUGGUUUGCUUCCCCGGGGCCCCCAAGAUCUCCCCUGAAGCUGUGAAGAGAGAGGCAGAACUGGAUAAGUACCUGCAGAGCAGAGUAGAAGAGAUCAUUAAGAAGCAGGGUGACGAGGGGGCCCCGGACUUAGUCCAUGUGAUGCAUACGUUAGCGACGGAGAGCAUCCCCAACCUCCCGCCUGGGGGAGAGCUGGCCAGCAAGCGUAGUGUGGUGGAGGCCGUGUACAACAGACUCAAUCCCCACAAAGGCGACGACACAUGUGGGGCUACCAAAGAGGGCAGAGCGUUUGGGACUUCCAGACUGUAGAAGGUCUGAAGAGGGACAUCCUCCCUUUACUCUUCCGCUGUUUCUCUCUCCUCUGUCUCUCCAUCCUUCCCUCUCUUUCUCUAUGUCCCUCCUUCUCUAUGUACGUUUUCUCUCUGUACACCCACUUCUAUCCCUCGCUCCCCCUCUUUUAUUGUUUUUAUAUUAUCAAAAUUUCUCUGUUUUUCUCCUAUCUUGUUUUCUCUCUCUCUCUUUCUUUCUCCUCAUCUUUUUCUCUCUAAAGGACUCAGCAUCAACAGAUGACAUGUGGUAACACAGCCUGCCUAUCCCUUAAGCACUGUUAUCUCACAAAUGCCACCUAGUCAUUCGAGACCAACCACAGCCACGACCCCCCUCCGCCCCCUACCCCGCACUCCUACAUACACACACGCCAUCCAUCCUCUAUCCACUGCCUGGACUGCUCUCUCUGGUACAAAAGAAGGGAAUACGAUGGAUGUGUGUGGAAGGAAAAGGGGUGAAUGAGGAAGAGGAGAAAGAAGAGGAACAAUUACAACAACAAGCACAAGCAAAAACUUCCCCUCACUGAGAACCAUCAACCCUAACCCUCAGCAUUGCACAGCAACAGUCCGCCAUGGAAGCUCCGCACUGAUCCAUGUCCUCGAUUGUCUCGCUCGCUUCUGUUUGUGGUGGGGGUAUUUUUUAUGAAUAUUUUUUUGGAUUGUUUGGUUUGGUUUGGGUUCUUCAUAUUUGCACCUCAGAACAAUAGUUGUGAAGUACAUGGGGGUGGGUCGCGCUAGGGUGGUUGCGGGUUUGUGUGGAUCAGUUUGAAUGGAUGUGUUUUGCGAUGCAUUUGUAUGCGUUUUGGUGGGAGUGUGAAUAUGAGGGAUAGAUUUAUGUGUUCGUUUAUAAAGGAAAAAGUCUCUGUGAAGUGCAGUUGUCCUUCUGACUGGCAAAAUAAGAAGCCUGUAUUUAACAAAGUUAGUGAUGAAGUGUAAGCAAGCAAACAAACAAGAUAACAAAAAAAAAGAGGAAAUCACUCAAAAAAUACCAGGAGAAUUCCCAAGUCUUUGCUCUUUGAGGUUAUGUUGAGAUGCGGUACUUUUGUGGGUCAACCACGAAAAAAAGAAAUCACAAUUGUGAUAUAAAAAAAAGCGUAAAAUAUUUGAAUUGUGUUGUUGUGUUUUCUAUUUCUAUCUGACUGUCUCCCCUCUUUCCUUACACUGGCUUUUACACCCUUUCCCCCCUCCAAUCUCCCCAAUGCAGGUCCUUCUCUGCCCCCCCCCCCCAUCUUUCCAGUUGAAUUGUGUAUGUUUUUUUUAUUUUUUUUAAAGAGUGUGUGUGUUUGUGUCCGCUUGUGUGUGCCUGAGUGAACCACUAUCCUUGAGCUAGUGUGAAUGUGCGAGUGCAAUCAGGUGGCGAUGCCUGCGUAAACGUGGGAUCUGGAUGUAUGUGCUCCCUCUCAAAUGGCAAGGGUGCCAUCAUUGUGUGAUUGCCAGCAGGGAUGACUUCGACACUGCAGGCCUGUGAUUGUCUCCUCACCCUUAUAGUAUAGGAGUACAAGACUAUGUGUUGUCAAGGCCGCCUUCACAUUCGUUUUUUCCUUCUCUCUUUCCUGUUAUUUUAUUUUAUUUUUUUUUGCUUGUGAAUGAAGCCUGCCAGCCUGCUAGACAUGAAGGGAAUUGUCCCUUUGUUAAAGAGAAAAGAGAAAGGUGAGAGAAAGAACUCUGUCUCUUUCCAUGGUCUUUGUUUAUGGGAAGUUGUUGUUGUUGGCUCAUAAAGGGGCAUCUCAGGCGUUCAGGGCAAAAGCAGAGCGAAAUGUCCUUAACGUCAGCCAUUGCAUAGGUCCACCUUUUUCUUCACAUAGUGAAAUGUACCUUAUCAUACUACUCUCCUUCAUUACCUGUCCACAGUAGUCUUGUUAACCUGAUGUCAGUUUCAGAGGCCCAUGCAACAUUAGUGGUUGUGUAUAGAGAGUGUAUUUCCCAAUCGGACUGGUGCAUCAGUAUACCCCAGAGUGCGUCCCCUGAUGCUCUAUCUGUGCUUUGCACAUUGGCUUUCUGACCAAUCUUACCGUGGCUGUAACAAGGAUACAUGCUGAGAUGUCACUGUUUGAGAGCAGUCUCAUUUAAAGCAACACAAUGCAGUUCUUUUACCUUAAAACAACAGCUUCAGACCCAUUUUGGUGCUAUACCAACAUUGCUAAUGUGCGCCCGGAAUGCCCUAUAUUCCACAAUGUAGUGUUGAUUGGGUAGGAUCAAGACCCUUUUAGUUUUGUUUUGUUUGUUUGUUUGUUUGUUUUGACAAACUGGGUGUCACCUCAGUGCUACAGUAAAUAGCAUUACAUAUUGAUACCAAGGGGCAUAGAUAUCAAUUCUUCCAUGUUGUUGCUUUAGAUGAGGCUUUUACAUGUUUGUGAUUUAGUUAAUUCAAUCAGACAAGAAACGAAGGGCUGAACUUAAGGUGGAAAAUAGAGGCUUGGCAGAAUUCAUGAGGUACAAACGUAACUAAUGAAAUUGCUUACAGCAGUGUCAGUGUGUCUGUGUCAGCUAUUAUUUUACAGUAUUUAAGUAAAUUGUCUGACUUGUCUUGGGCUCUAGCAUCUGAAAAACACAAAUGAUCUGUUUCCAACUGAUCUCUUUAUUCUACUCUCCUCCUUUGCCAUUUCCAAGUGUCCAAUGAAUACCUGCCUUGCAAUCUUGCUAAUUUUGCAUGUAGGCUAAUCGCCAUCACCAAAAUUAGUUUCAGACUUGUGUGUGUGUGUGUGUUGAAAUUUCAUAUCCAUCCAGCAAACAGGCUGAGGCCAUAUUGAACGAAGUCGCAGAAACGGUGCGGAAAUCAAAUAAAGGCACUAUGCAGAGGGAGUUGAUUUAGUCUUUUGCUUUGAAAUCAUGAAAUAGCGGUGUGAGGACAUCGAAAUAGAUUAAACAGUGCCCUAGUGUUUUUAAAUGCUGAUUGAUGCGUACACUUAGGCAGAGCUGGACUUUGUCAAAAACAUACAGGAGUGACCAUGCCAAGCCAUGGAAAUGUCCCUGAUGUGAGAAGAAGCCCCUCGAUUGCUCUAAAUUGAAAGGAAAAAGGGAUAUGUUUUCACUUUGAAUAGGGCUGCAACUUAUUUUCAUAGAUGAUUAAUCUGUUGAUUAUUUUCUUGAUUAAUCGAUGAGUUGUUUGAUUGAUAUAACAAAAUGUUGAUUAGUGUUUCCCAAAGCCCCAGAUUAUGUCCUCAAAUGCCUUGUUUUCUCAAUACUGUUAGUAGUUUACAGAGAAUUAAGUAAAGAUAUAAUUACUUACAUUUAAAAGUUUAAAAAAAAAAUACAUAAACCAAUCAACCGAUCGACAAUAGUUGGCAAAUAGUUCAAUAGUUGACAACUAAUUGAUUACUCCAUGAAUUGUUGCAGCCCUGGCGUUGAAGCUGUUUAUGUGCAGAGAUGUGGAGGUAGCAAAGUUCACAAGCUUGAUUAGUUUACCAAGGGUAUUAUAUUUUCAGUUUUAAUGCGUGUUUAAAGUGUGAAUGUUACGUGAUGCUUGUGGUUCUUCUUUUGAGAUGAGAUGCUACUCACCCCAUUCACCCUUCAAGAAUUUCAAAGAGUUGAAUAUUGGUUGGAAAAAAACAAAUUUUUGGUGAUCUCUCCUUAACCUUCCUUUGCCAAUUAAUGAGGACUCAAAAGUCCGCCUUCCUCCUAGCACCCUGUGAUUCAGAAAUACAGUGAAGGGGGUGUUCGUGGUUGUGUUUGCUAGAAAACGGUGAAGUUCACCUAUUAUUUUUUUAUUUUUUUAUUUUUCUGCCAGUCAGGCACUUCAGGGGAGGCUCACUGGUGUCAAUUGUCACCAAAUUUGAUCAGUUUACCACAAACUGUAGACCUGUUAACAAUAGUCGUAACCCCAAGCUCAAUGUGGCUUUUCCUCAUAUGUAUGUAUUCUUUUUUUUUUCGCUUUUCUUUCGGAAACUGUAACAGUCUAAAAGCUCUUAUUGCUCUAAAUGAUGUUGUCAAGGUUACAUGACAACAAAAAACAUGGAAACUGGUUUUCUUUUCACCAGCCCCUCUGCACAUGGCCAGAUGCCUGCACAAGCAUAAUUGUGUCAUAUAUUUUUACAUAAAAGUCCUUUUAGGAGUUCAGUACAUCGCCACAAGCUCAUAUAGUCAUGCUAACGCUUGACGAUGUAGCCUUAACGCUCUCGAGUAAGCUUCACCAGGGAACCCAGUGGAAAUCUCUUCCUGCGUUCUUGUGUGUAUGGAGAGAAUGAGCCAGUGGCCUUGGACUGGCUGCUCUCACAGAUGCUGAGUGCCAUUGUCGUCCUCCCCCUCAAGCUGAGGGUCGGGUGGAGAGCUUUGUGAGAUCAGAUGUGCAACCUAUCUUCCCCCUUAACUAUAAAUUAAUAGUAAAGAUAAUUGUAUUGUGAAAUUAUUAAUUAUAGCAUUGUGUUUGAAGCGUCUCAUUUCCAAGCUCUGUGUGAUUGACUUAUGGGCAAUUGAUUUGAUUCAGGUAUAUGUAGCCUUGAGCCAGUGCCGAGAUGGGUUUUUUUUGGAAGGAAACGACCCUACGAGUUUGCUUGUUCUUAAGUCCAAUAGCACCAUCACUAAGGAGUGAUUUUUGUUUUUAAGUUACAGAAGCUGCACAUAGUCAUGACUGCGUAACUUCUGGAAAUGAAGUGCCCUGAUUAUCUUUUUUGACUGAUCUCUGACAUUAGAUCUUGUAAUCUUGUAAUCUUGCGUGCGUUGAGCUCCAUGAACAGCUGAUGAUACAUUAGGCAACUUUUUGAGCAAUGUUGCAGGGCAGUGUUCCUGAUUAUUGUUGUUCGGGCACAUUCCGGUUGAUAUUGAUAUUGGGAAACAUUUUUUUUUUAAUUUUUUUUUUUUUAAAUCAGCAGAAGCCAAGUUGUGAUCAUUAUCAAAUCAGACCAUCUGGAAAUGGUUAUGUGGUUGCCCGGCAACAUUGUUCAAAAAAUACUGCUCCCAGUUGCCCUGCCUUUAAAAGCUGUUCAGAUAUAGUUCUGUCUGUUUUUGCAAGGCUCUGCAUCGAAGGUUCAGAAUACCAGGCUCUGCUCUCUGUUUGUAUUUUGUGUUGUAAGGUCAGGCUAAUGUCAAUUUCAGCACAUGCAGUAAGGCCAGUUGCACUUAAAAUGACUUGCCUGCACCGAAUGGGGGGGCUCUUAGUUCAACCAGGUUUUGCCAUUAUCAAGCUCCUCAAAAAAUGUGCUGUUCCAUUGUAUGUUGCCUGCAUUAGAAACAGCCUAUAAUGGCUCAGUUGUUUGCUGGUUGUUCCGCAGGGCCUUGCUGUUGUGUCGGAUGGCAUCAUUUCGAGUCGUCCUUUUUAGCUAAAUGGAGGCUCACAAAAGAUAUCCUCUUCCAAUGGUUGAUUUUCUUCCCUCUCCCGAAGACUAAUUUUUAUUACAUGUGCUGAUCCAGCUACAGUAUACAGCCGAACCGCAGUACCUCACAAGCGUUUAUCACAAGCACUUAGUGCGUCUCCUCUUGCUGGCCGACUGGGAAUGAUGUGGAACUAGUUGACAUGUCUUUUGUAUGUGUUGAUCUGAUGCAGUCUCUCUCUUUCUAUCUCUCUUCUCUCUUUCUUUCUUUCUCUCUCUCUCUCUCUCUCUCUCUCUCUCUCACAUCCCUACCUUUCUCCCAGGUCCUAGUCUUAGUAUGUCACUGUCCCCUUCUCUAUCCCUAUUGUGAACGAAUUGUUGAAUUUGUGUGGCUUUGGAAUUAAGGGUUGUGGAUAUACGCAUGGGUGUGUGAACUGUACUAAAUAGAGAAUGUUUUGAUAUAUGAUCCCUAGUAACAUCAAUAUUCUAUUUAUUGAAUUUGAGAAGUAGAAAAAGUAAAAAUUGAACCAUGGCUACCUAUAGUCUGUAUAGGUAGCUGUAUUAUCUUUGUUCCUAUAGAGGGUAGAUAUUGUUCCUUAGAGUAGCCUUUUUUUCCCUGGACCAUCUGUUCCCUACAUUGUAUGUGCUUAACAGAUGUCCCCUUAUUUUUGUCUAUCAAGGAAAUUAAAAAUGGGAUUUUAUUAGGAUUUUAAAAGAAUAAUAUAUUCAGGCUAAAUACUUGACUUAUUUGGAAGAUGAACCACUAUUGAGAGUUUUUGAAUCAAAUUGCACUGAUUGGUAGCCAAUGUUGGGCUUUCCUGGGAUAUUCAAAACAAAAUUUUGUGCACACAUAAAAAAAAGUGAUCUUUAAAAAGAAUACUCAGAGGAAAAUAUGAUUCAGCAACAGGGUAACAUCUAUUAAAUCUGCCACUGAAACAGUAAUAAUGAAAACAGAAAACAAAGAUAUAUAUAGACACAAUCUUUUUAACAGAGCUAACAAGAUGAAAAACAAAAUGAGAUAUUCUUCUUAGUGUGUCAUAGGGGAGUAUUCAUUGAAACAGCCCAAUUGCUGUUUGCUGUUUUCUGGCCCGGUACUAUGCUGUUGACUUCAAUUUCCCCUCCCCUCAUUUCCCUAAAUUUUUGGGGCCAUGCCACAGCAGGUUAAAUUUGCAAAGGCCAAGCCAAACCACAAUUUGCUCUGCCCUACCCUGAAUAUGAUCAAGUCAACAGCAAGCCAAUUGUGUUGAUGAAUAGCGAAGGGAGUAGGCAGGGGGAAAAAAAACAAGAACAACAGCUGAGACAUUUGGACUGUUUUAAUGGUCUUCUUUGUGCUCUACUUUGGCGGUUGAACGUGAAUUAAAGAAAUUACGGCAGUGGCAGAUAUAUGCUAGCAACAACAAAAAGAAAAUAGCAACAACAAGUAAACAAAAUAAGCAAAAUAGCAACCAAGAUGGGUAAAACAGACGAGCUCCGCUGUUGAGCUGCCCAGCAAACCUUUUAAUUCACUGAUAAGCUCACCAUUUUGCCUUAUGAACUGAACUCUACCCCAGCUUGCUUCGGGACUGGUCACACGAUCCGAGCUUUGGAAACGUGAAUCUGACUCGCCGAGUUGGUCAUUUCUAUGUCGACUGUACCUAUGUCAUAAGCUACAGCUUAGCUAUAGAGCAACACGUGCACACUUAAAUUGAGAGAUUUUUUUGUCUCUUUAUUAUUUCUGUUGUUUUUGUUUUGUUUGCAUUUUUGAUGAUGAUGAUGAUGAUAAUGAUGAUGAUGAUUAUAUCUGUGAUAUGAUGAUGUAAAAUUAAUCCACAUAAAAAAAAAAAAAAAGACUGCUCAUGUUGGUAUUCAUGUGUGCACAUUGCAGCAGAAUAAAGGAAAUAUAGUGUACUUCCCUGUUCCCAGUGUAUAGGUUGUGUGAUGCAACAGUAACCUAAGCCUGCCUUUCUCCACCCGCUUCUUUAGGAUUGUCUGUUGUUGAAUUUUACACAAUGGCUUGGUAAUUGUAUAUUUUGUAUUAUGUACUUAAUUCCAAAGAGAGAAAAAUUAUCUUUCUCCCUUUUUCCUCGCGUCUUUUCUGUCAGUGCCCCAGCAAUGACCAUCUAUUUGGAGUCAGCUGAACAAAUUGCAUUCCUUGAUGUGUUAAUUGUUGCUUGUUUUUUUGUUUUGUUUUUUGUUUCCUUCCCCCGCUUAAUUUUCUUUCGAGCCCUUUUCCUAUUUCUUUUUCCCUGUUGCCUCUGAAUUUGAAAAUGAGUUUCUAGUUUAGAAUACGUGGCACUAAAUAAAUGGAUUGCUAACAUA